CUUAUUUGGCAAACAUUCUGCAACACAAAUGCAUUUAGACAAAAAUAGCUCUAUUACUAAGUAAUGCAUUACUGCCCAACACAGCACCAGACCUAAAUCAUGUCCUAAAGGUACUGACAUGUCAGUGACAAAAUGAAUGACCAUGCACACACAUUUACAGUGAGCUUCAAUAGCAAAAUGCUUUCGACACAGACAAGAAUAAAAGUAAAUUCCCAUUGCAGUGGAAAUUCUGUACACUGUUGUGACAGGAAGUUUGUCUGUCAGUUGUUUAGUCGUCUUUUGUGUGUCUGCUGCGUAUCAGUAUGUCACAAAAUGUCACAUGGUGUUUGGUCAGACAGCUUUUCAAUUUCAUUGAAAAGGGGACAUGAUCGAAGGUUUGGUAAAUUGAGGGUCGUGGUCUGCCUUUCAGCCAAUCACAAUGACUUCUACUUUGUUAACCUUGAUGACUUUUGGGUAAAUGUUCCAUUUGGGUGCGCAGACAUCAGCAGUGCAAGGGAAGGGCUCUGUGGCACAAUGAUGGGAAGACUGGCUGCUCUGUUUCUUCUAAGUACAUUGUCCCUGAUUCAAACUGCAGAGGUUCCUCACCAGAUCUCUUUGACUCUGGUGGAACUUGGUAGUAAUUUGACUCUGACAUGUUCAGUCUUUACAAAUAAAGCGGGGAUGGUUUACUGGUAUAAGCUGAAGUUUGGAUAUAUGUUUCAAACUGUUGCGGCAGGAAUUUUUGACAAAAUACAACUUCAAGGACAAUUUAACAACUCAAGAUUCAACAUAACAAAACUGCAUGCUCAGAACAUUUUAAACAUCAGAAAUGUAACAAAAGAAGAUGAAGCAAUGUACUUCUGUCAAGCAGGAUCGGCAUACAAAAUGGAAAUUAUUUACGGCACACUUUUAGUUGUGAAUGAUCAUAACAACCUGAAGAAAUCUAUCUACGUGAAACAAAGUCCGAAGACCAAGUCAGUCCAGCCUGGUGACUCAGUGACUCUCCAGUGUUCACUCCUCUCCAAAGACAAAGAAAACGUGGAUCAGUGUCCAGGCGAACACAAUGUGUACUGGUUCAGAACUGGAUCAGGAGAAUCCCAUCCAAGCAUCAUUUACACUCACAGUGAGGAACAAAAGGAACGCAGUUGUGUCUUCAGUCUGUCCAAAACUAUACACAACUCCUCUGAUACCGGGACGUAUUACUGUGCUGUGGCUACAUGUGGACAGAUCCUGUUUGGAGAAGGAACUACAGUGGAGACAAGAUCAAAACUGGACGCAGUUGUCCUCGUACUUGGAGCACUGUUGGCCUUCUCUUUGACUUUAAUCGUCAUCCUUACUUUCUACGUAAAUCGAGGAGUUUGUCGACACUGCAAAGUAGCAACGUGUACCAUCUGUAAUCCUAGAACCAACGAGGCGACAGUGGAUGAAUCGACUGACCCGGAUGGAGGCGAAGAGGCGGUAAACUAUGCAGCACUGAAUUACUCCACAAGAAAAGUGAAAAAAGUGAAGCAAAAGCAAGAGUUACCACAGGAGUGUGUGUACUCCGCUGUGAGAGCAAACCACACACAGCACCACGCGCCCGUAUGAGCUUUGGCUUAGCUCAGCUUUGCAUGGUUUUAACAAAUGUUGUGCUGUUAAUUACUUUGCUUUAUAUUUUGCUUUUAAAAAGCUAGUUGUUGAUGUGAAAAGCACGAAAGACCACUGCUUGUUGCAGAGGCAUGAGGAGGCGACUGAGAAUGGCACAAGUUGAAAUCAAUAAACUUUUAAAACACCCGGAGAGAAUAUGUGGGUAAUCAAUGUUCAUCAAAAAACAAUGCUGCAUCUAAAAUAAGUUAUUCAUUGUAUUACUCUGCAUUGUUCUUGUGGAUGCAAAUGAUUGAACAUGAGUCCCCUGAAUAAUCAUCACCCAGCAGCAAAUGCAGUGACUCGGAAACAGAGAAGUUUGGAACAUUACUGUGUAG